GGGAAUCUUCUCCUGCUGUGUGUGUGUUGCUGGCAGUCAGACCCGAGUGUCCGACUGUGUGUGUGUGUGUGUGUGGGGGACUCCACCUCUUCCACUGCUGCCCCCCUGCUGUAGCUCAUCUUGCUGGGCCUGGUCUGCUAACGUCUGUCUCUCGUCUGACCACAAACAUGUACCGGAACCCAUGGAUCACUAACUACCUAAGCCAUGUCCAAUACUGUGCGCAAGGCUUUGGAACUGAGCCUCCAACCAAGCUGUACACAUCAGCUUCUCUCCCGACAGAAACCUUAAGCUUCCAGAGUGACUUUUCAUUGGGGGAAAAGACUGGCUUGGUCAAAAGUGCCACAGAUAUCGAUGCCAAUCUACUGGCAGUGUUACCCAAGGUUUCAGAGUUGAAGAAGCAGUUUGAGAGAGUUGUCCAAAGCGAUUUAGAAAUGAACAGAAAGAAUAGAAUAGCCCGCCGCCUGGAGGGCAUGGAGAGUGAUGCGCCCCCUGCCUUGAUGCCCAGCCUGAUCCCAGGCCUGGUGGCCAACCGCAUGCUGGAGGAAGACUCCCCACGCUACACCCGCGCUUCUGACCCCCGUGAGCCAUGUGUCAUGGUGAGACGUUACAGCAGAGAAGAGCUGGACCCCCCCCAGAUGCAGGUGUCAUCUCCAGACAGGUCCUCCAGAGGCAGGGGCCGACCAGAGCCUCAUCGGGUCCACGGCGAGCUGCCCUCCACCCCUACCACCUCCUCCUCCACAGGCCCCAGCGACCCCGCCAGCCUCAGCUCCAAGGCUGAACGCAUUGCCCGCUACAAGGCCGAACGCCGUCGCCAGCUCUCCGAGCGCUACGGCAUCCUGCUGGACCAGGAAGUGGACUUGGAUUACACGCCGCGUCACUCGCGUUCCCGCCGGGAGUCGGACUCCUCAGACAGACAGGCCCCGGCUGCAGACCGGCGAGCCGACCGGCAGGAUGCAGAGGAGGUGGGGCGGGAAGGUCGGAGGGCUCCCUACAGCUCCGGGGUGGGGCGGGUCUACAUGCAAGCACACCCCGAGCCCGGCUCCGCCCCGGCCCCUGGCCCAGCCCAAGUCCCGCCCCCCACCCGAGAGAGGGCGAGCACGUUCUCAGAACGUGAGAGGAUGUUGAACGUGGAGAACUACCGCCGGGGGGGCUCCGAGCGAGGGGGCGGGCCCAGAACCAGGCCUCAGGAGCAGGCUGCACACCACCACCAACAGCCCCCCCAGCAGCAGGCUGGGCCCCAGGAGUCCAGCCCCCCCUCCUCCAGGGCCUCCUCCAUCAGGGACUACAGCGUGGCGGCAGUCCCCAGCUCCCCCAGGACAGCCCGCCGGGCCUCACUGCCCUCCACGCGCUACGGCAUCUCUCCAGGGGACCUGUUCAUCGAGCAGCAAGCCCAGAACAUCCUCAGCAGACAGGGCCUGGUGGCUUUGUCCAAAAGCGACUGGUCUCUCCAGGCAGACUCAGAAGGUGACACCCAGUCUGUCAUCAGCUGGCCCUCCAGAAUCAGAGUACGAGAGAGAAUGUCGAGAGACGAAAGCGUCCCCAGAGCCCCUGAGCGUGGGCCUGAGCCCUCCCCCUCCAGCAGGCAUCGUCCUCAGGUCAACUCACCUCACUACAUGGCCCAGCGCGCCGAUCCCCCGGCUUACCCAAGAACUGCCCCCAACUCCCAGCAGCCCAACCCGCCACCCCACCAGCCAAGCUACGGGCACAGCCACGUGGCGUACCCUGCCACAGCCCCCCACCCCCACCCUCCGUCACAUCCCUCAGGUCUCCCCACAGAGCCCCAAGCCUACCUCGCCAUGCCCGCUCCGACAGCAUCCAAGCUGGGGAGCGUUCCGCCUGAGGUGCAGCCCCGGAGGAGGGUCAGCGGCGAGCUGACCUACGCCCCCCAGAGGGAGGGCCGGCAGGCGCUGAGGGAGGAGGUCCACACGGUGGGCCUGCUGAAGAGCAGGAAGGCCGUGCUCCCGUCCGAGAUCCGCCGACGCGAGAAGAGCGUGGACGACCCCCAGAGAGGACGCCAGGAGGACACGGAGUGGGAGAGCUAUGGAGGAGGAGGUGGGAGGAGAGCUAACCGCCCCGAGGAGGAACGGGAGAGGACGCGGGACCGGGCGGUGGAGCGGGGACGAGAAAUCAGGGACAGGGGGCGAGGUAGAGAGAGCGAGAGAGAGAGCCGAGAAAGGAGCAUGGAGAGGGAACGAGAGACCAGGGAAAGGGAGAGCAGGGAUGCGGAGAGGGAAACAGCAACCAGAGAGCGGGAUAGAGAGAGCCGAGAGAGGGAGAGAGAGCGGGAGAGCCAGGAGAGGGAGAGAGAGCGUGAAAGAGAGAGCCGAGAAAGGGAGAGAGAGCAACGCUGGUCAAGCCAGGACAUUCAGAAAGAGGAGAUGGCCAGGUCCAUGGGACCCCUUCAGGCAUCACAACCCCCCCAGCACCAGUACCACCAACCCAGACACCACCAAGGCUCGGAGGCUCCGCAUCAGUACCUCCAGCAGCCGCAAAGACACCAUCAACCACAGCAGUACCAGCAAAGGCCCCAAGAGCACCAACCAGCCACCCAGGUGCCCCAACAACCUCCACCCCAAGAGGCUCACCUCCUACGCGGACAACAAAGGAGCGAUACAGCCGUCUACCUCCAGAGUGGCUCACCCAUGCCCCAGGCCAGACACAGGAGUGCGGAGGUAGCCUCUGGAGCUCCAAAAGCCAAGAUCCGCAUCCGCUCCAUGUCGGACAUCGGCGUGAGCCAGCGGUCCUCCAUGUACCGGUCCAUGGAGCGGCAGGCCAGCAGGGAUACCGCCAUGGCCGGUCUCCAUGCCAGGGAUGGAGGGGUGGCCAACGGGGAGGUGGGGGGUUUGGACACCAGGGUCUCCGUGGCUCAGCUGAGGCACUCGUACCUGGAGAACGCCAACAGGAAGCCAGAGCUGGAGACUAAGGUAGAGGCCGUGGAGGUCGAGCCAGCGGGGGGUGUGGAGCGAGACAGGGGGGCUCGGCGGCCGCGGCGCUACAUCACCCCAGGGGACAACCGCAAGUCCUCCGAGAGGUUUAGGACUCAGCCCGUCACCUCUGCAGAGCGGCUGGAGUCAGAUAGGCAUCUGAGUCCAACAGAGCUAGUAAACCCUGAAGGGGAUGAAGAAAAGCUGGAUGAGAGGGCAAAGAUGAGUGUGGCGGCCAAAAGGUCCCUAUUCAGGGAGCUGGAGAGGACUACAGAAGGAGGCGUUCCCAAGCCUCGCUCACGGAACGCCGCCGUGGAGAGGCGUCUGAGGAGAGCCCUGGAUCGUGCGCACACGCAGCCUAUCACCAGCGAGGAAGUUGACAUCGCUACCACUGUCCCUGUUGUGUCCUCACAAGCCGUGACAGUCAGCUCCACAGCUGCCAUUGUCCCCAGUCCCACGAUAGUCAGAACUACCAUGACUAGCUCCAGCCUGCAGGUGUCCUCGCAGUCUGCCCGAGAGGAGCAGGAUCCAGAAAGGGUGCCCCAGCAGCAGGCAGGCCAGGAGCCUGCUCCUGGAGGAGAGGUGGAGGGUGGAGGAGGAGGAGAGCAGGCUGGCCCAGACGAGCCUGACCUCUCCACCCUCAGCCUGGCAGAGAAGAUGGCGCUGUUCAACCGUCUGGCCCAGUCGUCGGCCAUGCCUGCCGACGGCGGUGACGGGGACGGAGCGGGGUCAGGGGUCAAGGGGGACACGCGUCAACGCAGGGCCAACACCCGCUUUCAGACCCAGCCUAUCACGCAAGGAGAGGUGGAAAAGGAUGUUGGUCCUGUGGAUGCCUCUCCUGUGGCAAAUGGGGCCUUAGAGCCUAGUCACACAGAACAAGUGCAGAAUGGAGGCAUGGUCAAACUGGAGCCUCUGUCAGCAUCCUUGGUCCGCUCCGUAGCGGCUGUCACCUCCCAGGCAUCUGUCUCCACAGUAACUGGGACAGCUGUGUCCAGUCACAGUAACCUCCACCAGGAGAAAUCCACUACGGUUCCCUACAGUCCCGCGCUGCAACCUGCAGCCACCGGCUCCAACCAGGAGAAGGGGGUCAGGUACUUCGCCAUGACCCAGGGCGGAGACUCCUCUGCCCCCGAGCUGGAGCUGGUCUCCCCCCCUCCCCUAUCAGAGCAGCAGCAUCAGGCCCCUCCCGCCCGCUCCAGGCUGCAGGCAGAGCAGCGGGAGGAGGAGGGGCUGGAGGAGGGAGACAGGCUGUGGGGAGGCGCCAGAGACGAGAGCCGCAGCGGCAAGGCAAAGCUGCACUCCCCCGAAAGGGACAGGGAGAGCAGACAGCUGCACCAGCCCCCACCCGCCCCCCAGCCUCUCCCCCAAGCCCAGCUGAGGGCCCCAGACAGUGGCCAGCGGGAGACGGAAAUCCCCCCCUCCUCUGGAAGACAAGGGAGGGGCGAUGUGGUGGACUGGAGGAGCGGCAGAGAGCUCGACAGAGACGAAGAGGGAGAGCGAGAGCACGAUUGCAUUCAGGAGAGGAGGGCUCAGCGUGGAGUAGGGGGCUACCUGAGAGACAGACCGGGAGAGGAGACUGCAGACCGGGAGAGAAGCAGCAGGAGCCGGGAGCUGGUCUCAGAUCCUCCAGAUCAUCCUGGUACACUGAAGGCUACGACAGCGACCGUGUCGUCCAGAAGUGUGUCACACCCCUCCAGCACCCAGCAACAGCAGCAUCAGCAGCAGCCUCAGUUGUUCAGCCAGCCCCCUCAGACCCUGCCCAAGCCUCUCCCUCCUCCGCAACCCUCCCAGCCCCUCACACCACCCCAGCCCAGGCCUCAGCCCCAGCCCCAGCCCCAGACCCAGACCCAGACCCAGACCCAUUCCCAACCAUUCACCCAGUCUUAUCCUCAAACUCAACCAAAAUCCCAAACCUUCAUCCAGCCUCUGCCCAAGCCUUACUCCCAUAUUGCCCCCCAAAGCCAGGCCAAACCUUCCAACCAUCCUCCAGCUCCCCCACAGACCCUGCCCAAGCCCCAGUCCUUUCCCCAGUCCCUGGUUAAGUCCCAGUCCUUGUCCCUUGAGCACAGUGAAGACUUUGCCAGACCAAGAUUCCACACUGAUUUGCUGUCGCCUACUGACUCUGGGGACGAAUUAUCAGAUAGCAUGUCGGCCAAACAGAUGUCUAUCAAAGAGAGACUGGCUUUGCUGAAGAAGAGUGGUGAGGAGGACUGGAGGAACAGGAUCAAUAAGAAGCAGGAGGUGGUCCAGGUGGCAGGGACCGAGCAGCACACACAGCUCUGGGAAGUGGAGCAGUCCUACAAGAAGAAGGAGGACGCGGUGGUCAUUCAUGAGUACACCGCUGUGUCUGACCAACUGUGGGAGCCUGUCUUCUCCUCCACCUAUGCUCCUCCUAUCUCCCUUGGUCAUAAGUGUCAGUAUAUUGACCCUCAUAGUCAGAGGAUGGGAGGGGAGAUUGAGGCCCAGAUGUCCAUCGAAGAAAGGAAGCAGAUGAUCUCCACCAGAGAGGAGGCCUGGAUGUCCAAAGGCAAAGGAGUGGCCAACGAUUCCAAUCAGUACACUGUGGCAGCACGCAUGGUCAAGAAAGGGCUGGCUGCCUCUUCCUCAGUUAUCAGUCCUAUCCUGUCUCCUGUCACCACCAAGCUCAGGAGCAGUGUACCCGCCAUCAACAAACCCCAGGAUGAAAUUGAAGCCAAACCAGAGAUGGAGUCUGAUAAAAAGCUGGAUAAAUUGGAGAGCUUCUUAGGACGUCUGAACAGUAAAGUGGCAGGUCUUCAGGAGACAACUCUGACGGUGACGGAGAAGGCGGUGAAAGAGGUCAUGAAGCUGGACGAUGAGAUCUUCUCCAAGUUUUACCGUCACGUGGCAGACUUCCCCCGUAUGCCCAGCAGGAUCGACAUGGACCAGGACUUUGACGCCAUCUUUGGCACUCAGGCACCCAAGUUAACCUCGGCCAUGGUGCAGCACAGGCGUGCAGUGCGCCCCUCCAGGAACGUCCAGUCCUCUAAGAACCCUGUGAAGAUGCUGGCGGCCCGGCAGGACAUCCGCCACGAGUACACGGAGCAGAGGCUCAACGUGGGCCUGCUGGAGAGCAAGAGGAUGAAGGCAGAGAAGAUGAGUAAGACGUCCGAGUUCUCAGACGCGGCUCUCGCAGGCCUGGCCAGUCAGGAGAACUUCAGCAACGUGAGUCUGCGUAGUGUCAACAUCUCAGAGCAGAUGUCCAACAACAGCGCCGUGCCUUACAAGAACCUCAUGCUGAUGCAGGUCAAAGGUCGCCGACACGUCCAGACCAGACUAGUGGAGCCAAGAGUCUCUUCCCUGAACAGCGGAGACUGUUUCCUCCUGGUUACUCCCCAGCACUGCUUUGUCUGGAUGGGAGAGUUCUCCAACGUCAUCGAGAGAGCCAAAGCCUCAGAGCUGGCAGCGUUUAUCCAGACUAAGAGGGACCUGGGCUGCAGAGCAAGCCAGAUCCAGACCAUCGAGGAGGGGGUCAACCCCCAGGGUCCUGCUGCCCAGGAGUUCUGGAAGAUUCUAGGGGGACAGGCCACUUACCAGUCGGCGGGCCCUCCAGAGGAGGAUGAACAGUUUGAGAGCGCCAUUGUGGAGACCAACUGUAUCUUCCGCCUGCUGGAUGACAAGCUCGUCCCCGACGACGACGAGUGGGGGAAGGUCCCUCGCUGCACUCUGCUGGAGCCAAAAGAGGUGCUGGUGUUUGACUUUGGCAGCGAGGUGUACGUGUGGCACGGCAAGGAGGUGACGCUGGCGCAGAGGAAGGUGGCCUUCCAGCUGGCCAAGCACCUGUGGAACGGCACCUUCGACUACACCUGCUGCGACAUCAACCCCCUGGACCCGGGAGGGUGCAAUACACUCAUUCCUAGGAAGGGUCAGGGCCGUCCUGACUGGGCAAUAUUCGGCAGGCUAACUGAGCACAAUGAGACAACCCUGUUCAAAGAGAAGUUUCUAGACUGGACAGACACUCAGAAGCCAACACCAAAGAAUGGCAACGAACAAGUCGGUGAACAGAAAGAGCCUGGCGGGCGGGAGUGCAGGCCGUACGACGCCACCCUCAUGCUCCCCGUGCUGCAGGCGGCUGUCAGCACCGUGCUGGACGGCGUCAACGUGGGGCGGGGCCGCGGGCAGGUGGAGGGCGAGGACAGCCUCAGAACGCUGGAGGUCAGCACGGUGUCCGUGGACGUGUGGCACAUCCUGGAGUUCGACUACAGCCGCCUGCCACGCCAGAGCAUCGGCCAGUUCCACGAGGGCGACGCCUACGUGGUCAAGUGGAAGUACAUGGUGAGCGCCGCAGUUGGAAGGAGGCAGAACCCUGAGGCGAGAAGCGCAGGUCCCGGUAAAGAGAAGUGCUCCUACUUCUUCUGGCAAGGCAGGAACUCCACGGUUAGCGAGAAAGGAACGUCUGCGCUGAUGACCGUGGAGCUGGAUGAGGAGAGAGGCGCACAGGUGCAGGUCCAGCAAGGGAAGGAGCCCCCGUGUUUCCUGCAGAGUUUCAACGGGGGGAUGAUCAUCCAUUCUGGGAAGAGAGAGGAGGAAGAGGAGAACGCGCAGAGUGAGUGGCGCCUUUACUGCGUCCGCGGCGAGGUCCCCGUCGAGGGCCACCUGCUGGAGGUGGCGUGUCACUGCAGCAGCCUGCGUUCUCGGACCUCCAUGAUCCUCCUGAACGUCACCAAGGCCAUCCUGUACCUGUGGCACGGCUGCAAGUCUCAGCCGCACACGCACACCGUGGGACGCACUGCUGCACAGAGGAUCAAGGAACAAUGUCCGCUAGAGGCGGGGCUCCACAGCAGCAGCAAGGUGACCAUCCACGAGUGUGAAGAGGGGGCGGAGCCUGUGGGCUUCUGGGAAGCGCUUGGGAGGAAGGACAGGAAGGCGUAUGACUGCAUGCUGCAAGAUCCGGGCAAGUUCAACUUCACCCCCCGGCUGUUCCAGCUGAGCAGCACCUCAGGGGAGUUUGUAGCGACGGAGUUCUUCCACCUCUACCGAGCGCCCGACCUGGUCAGCUCUCUGCCCUUCCUCCAGGAGGACCUCUACAACACCCCGCAGCCUGCUCUGUUCUUGGUGGACAACUUCCACGAGGUGUACCUGUGGCAGGGCUGGUGGCCUCAGGACAGCGAGAGCCCCGGCUCGGCGCGCAUCCGCUGGGAUGCAGACAGGAAGUGUGCAAUGGAGACCGUGUUACAGUACUGCAGAGAGAAGAAUGAGAAGAAGCCUCAGAAGUCUUAUCUGAUUCAUGCUGGUCUGGAACCCCUCACCUUCACCAACAUGUUCCCCAGCUGGGAGCACAGGGAGGACAUUGCUGAGAUCACCGAGAGGGAGGCAGAGGUGUGUAACCAGAUCAUUCUGGUGGAGGAUGUGCUCGCCAGGCUGUGCCAGAACACCUAUGACCUGUCAGUGCUGCUGGCACGCCCUCUCCCUGAGGGAGUCGACCCCCUCCGACUGGAGAUCUACCUAUCAGACCAGGAUUUUGAGAAAGCGCUGGAAAUGAAGAGAGAGGAGUACGAAGGACUCCCAGGGUGGAAGCAAGUGAACUUAAAGAAAGCCAAAGGACUGUUUUAGGAAACGUUGAUGAUGGUUUGUGGAUGGGACUUUUAAGAUGGAAGGGGCCCCAGCCCUCCAAUCUUUCCUUGUUGUGUGGUUUAUUAAACACACCAGCUCAGGGACUGACUCUGAGUGGGAUGGGGGGUGGGAGACUGGGGCCAUAGUAUGCUAAGGUGAACAAGCUUCAGAACCGCGGUUUACCUUUCAGCAGUGUAAUAACGUAGGGAAAUUGGCUGUGCGUGACAUUGUAUACAAGUUGCUUUGAUCAGGUGCACACCUGAAUCUCAUUUGCGCAGAUUUCCAACAGUCGUUUAACUGUGUGUGUUCUGUAACAGUCUACUACAAGCACUUAAGUCAUUGGUCACAGCGUGGAAUUGUGAGAAGAAGAAAAAAAAUGUGUUGAUAACCCGGUGGUGCGAUUAUGCUGUGUGUGUUUGUAAAGUAUGAAUUUCUAUUUAUGUAAAACAAAACUUGUAGGAUGACUUGUUCAUUGUGUUCACAUGAAAGUGUUGUGUAUCAUGUUUUUAAACGUGUUUUCCUUGUGUCUAUGGUGUCUCAAAGGGGUCAUAAAGUAUGUACCUUUUCUUUCACUGGGCUUCAGUGAUGGUACCAGUUAGUACGACACCCCCCCACCCCAAGCAAUGACUGUGGAUGUAUUUUAAAGGCAUGGUUGGUGAGAAAGAGAGAUACUUGAUGAAUCUGAAUGUAUAGUGCCUUGCUUCUAUGUACAGUUUAUAUACAUAAAAUCUAGUCUGCAUUUCAAA